AUUUUACAGAGAUUUUUUGGUACAGUUCGAAUGGCAUCUGGGGCUAAUGACCACCCUGCCACCCCUACCUUCCUUCAAGUAUAUAAAUUACUUUCUGUAUAUUCUAUUAUAAAACCUCCAAAAUAUGGCAACUGUUCUAUCAAUAUUAUGGACCCUGGAUCCAAUCUAAUACGUUUAUCAGACAUCAAGAGUAUAUAUCAUAAUGAUAAAAAAUCACCGACAGCCUUAGAAAACUUGAAAAACAAGCUAGAUACAUUAAUUGACGAUGGAACAUGGGAAUUCACUGACAUCAUUGAACAUGAUUAUGCUCAUGCACAAGUAAUUGACUGCUUAAAAUAUUAUAUCACCGGUUACUUGUGUUUUCAAAUUGGCAAAAAGACACAAUGUGUUAUAUGCAAGCAAGCAUUUGUCACACACUUGCCACCUAUAAAUAAUUUGAGUUGCACGGGCCUGAUCACUGGUGUUCAAUAUUUGAUACCAUUAUCAAGUAAUUUCAUUAGUUAUCACACUUGUGAAAAUAACUGUAAGAAAUCGGCAGCAUAA